AGAGAAGAAGAAUUAGGAUAGAACUGGUUUCUACUCCAUUAGCCACUAUCCUCUUCUACAUUCAUUAUUUCAUAACAAGAUUGAUUUCUUCUCAUCCAAAUAUAUGGAACAGCUAACACUAUUAUUUUCGUUACUGCUAACACUUCACUUAUCCGUGUCAGGGGUUUCUUCAACGACAUUCACCAUAGUUAACAAAUGUGGCUACACAGUUUGGCCGGGCAUUCUUUCAAACGCCGGAGUUUCUCCUCUUCCCUCCACUGGUUUUGUUCUUCAGACCGGCGAGUCAAAGACCAUCUCCACACCAACUUCUUGGGGUGGCCGUUUCUGGGGCCGAACUCAAUGCUCCCAAGACUCCACCGGCAAGUUUAGCUGUGUCACAGGUGACUGUGGCUCCGGGAGACUGGAAUGCGGAGGAAAAGGGGCCUCUCCGCCGGCGACGUUGGCGGAAUUCACUUUAGAUGGAGCGGGAGGGCUUGAUUUCUUCGAUGUGAGCUUGGUAGACGGAUACAACGUACCUAUGAUGGUGGUUCCGCAAGGUGGCUCCGGUGACAACUGCACGAACACAGGGUGUGUGGCGGAUCUGAACGGCGCAUGCCCUUCAGAGCUAAAGGUGAUGAGCGAGGACGGAACGGAAGGGGUGGCGUGCAAGAGCGCGUGCGAAGCGUUCGGCUCGCCGCAGUACUGUUGCAGCGGCUCGUAUGGAUCUCCGAACACCUGCAAGCCGUCGUCAUACUCGCAGAUAUUCAAGAAGGCGUGCCCACGCGCCUACAGCUACGCCUACGACGACAAAACAAGCACGUUCACAUGUGCGUCUGCCGAUUAUACGAUCACCUUUUGUCCGUCACCCAACACCAGCCAGAAAGCGUCGCAAGGGCAAAACACGGACAGCCCAUCUCCUCCGCAAGCUCCGACCUCGCCGACGACGGUGGACACAAACAGCCCCAUGGUGUAUGAAGGCGCUGCUUUUGAUCAAAGCUUGAUGUCAGCCUCCACGUGCAUCCACGUGUUCCGAUCCCAAAUCCUCGCCGGCAUAAUCACUGUAGCUGUGUCCCUCUGGGGAUUCUGAUUCCAUCCAGCCAAAUAAUAAUUCGUCAUCGGAGUACAUGUACAAUAGUAGGAGUAGAAGCAACAGUGUUAUACCAGGAGGUGGAGGUGUGAACCCAGGAUGAUCUCUCAGCUCCUUCAUUUUUUUCCAAAAACAAACAAAUAAUAUUUGUUUUGUUCGGCCCGGCCCGGCCCACCACACAUUCAUUAUCUUGAUCAGUUGGGCAGCAUGGGCCUAGAAGGCUCUGUGAGGGUCCACGAGUGACGACACUGCCUGUCAUGCUCACUCGUCAAUUCGGCUAUGACGCCUCAUCUUCCUCAAGGCUAAAAAACAAUUCAUACUCAGGGUUGUACCAAAAAAAAAAAAAAAAUUCAUACUCAGAGUACGAUCAUGAGGCGAGCGAAAGCGAGGGUGGGAGAGAGAGGGUAUUCAUUUUAGUUUAUUUUAUUAUUCCUUUUUUAUUCCC